UGCACUUAGACUUUUUAAACGGCUGCGUUCCUCUUUGGUCUGAAGAACAAUUUCGUCUGCACUUCCAGUUAUUGCUAUUACCUGUAGGAUUUUCAAUCCUAUUUCACCCUCGCCACCCUUUCCCCAAGCAGUUUUAAGGUAUCUAUUUCUGUGGAAGUCAUUUUUCUCAUUGAAUGAUCAGAAACAAAGAUAAAUUCUAACCUUUAACGGCUCAUUCCGACUCAUUGCUUACAGUAGAUCUAAGCUCUUUUUUCUGCUUAUUCGACUCCUUCCAGCUUCCCAUCACAUCUGUAACAAACUUUUAAAAUUAUAUUGCCACACCACCAUGCACAAGCCUACCUGCACAGUAGAAUUAGAUUAUUCCAUCACAUUCAGAUGGUUAACAGAGGUUAGCACGUCCUGUAUUUAUAUAUAUAUAUAUAUAUAUUUAUAUCGCUUUCUAAGAAAGUGCAUAUUAAUGUUUACUUUAAAGAAUGUGUAAAUGGUGCUAUCAAGAAAUCUGAUCAAUUUUAUCCCAGUCUUUUUGUGUACCUCUUCAAAUGUAUGAGAUUUAUUUUUCUAUUGGAAAAAAAAAAAAUAAACAGUCUGAAAGCAUUAAAAUUGGUAGAUUUUAGUAAUUUUACAGUGAAUUGAAUCCCUAUGUCAUAGUAUCAUUAAAAAAUUAAGGAUGGGUCGUGCAAAUUACUAUAUGCUUAUGGAUAAUGCUCACACAUUUCUGUCUGGACACUCUUCAGUCCAUCUACUGACUCCUAAAUGUCUGUUUCACUUGAGAUGAGAUGCCUACAUACUCGAAAUUUUAAAUGCUUUGAUGUGGAUAUUGGAUGGAUUGAGGGCUACUGUUUACCUCAGAUUCACAAACUGAGACUGGUUUAUUCUAUAAGUGAUAGAUUCAAAUGGUAUCUUUUAAAGGCAAGAAUAACAUGGCUUAGCAUGUCCCUAUCUGGUGCAAUGCAGUCCCUGUACAUAUAAUAUGCUGCAUCUUUACUAAAAAUGAAUGAAAUAAAUUUGGUGAACAGGAGAACAAUAUACUCUAUUAUAGUUGUAUAAAAAUGUUGCUGCUAGAAGCUUUGCAUCUUUGUUUUUCCCUUAAACAUUUCAUAAAAUAUAAUAAUUUCUUGCAAUUAUAUGUUGAUGCCUUUUGUUCAAAGGGUAAGUACUGUGCUGCUUUAACUGGUUCUUGGCAGACAAUUUUAUACAGAGCACAUUCUGCUUGUAGCUGUAUUCAUAUAUUUUUCUCUUAAAAUUGUACUUACCUGUUGUAGACUAAUUAAUUCAAUUUAUUAUUAUUAUUUUAAAAGUACAGUAUUUUUUCUAUACAGAUUAAUACAAUAACCUCUAUAUUGUAUAAGCAAAAAGAUAUGCAGAAAGGUUUACAUUACAUGUAAACAUAAAUACUGUUAUUUGUAAAUGAAACUUUCUUUUUUUUGUGAUUAAAUUAAAAAGUAGACUAAUGUCAGGUUUAUAAUGCAAAUAUUGUUUAAACAGAAAGCAUUCAGUAUUUUGCUUACAAUAUAUUUUUAGGGAUAAUUUAAAAUGUGUAGCUUUAAAGAAAAAAGUUUUACAGAAUUAUAGUGGGUAAGCAGCUGUUUCCACAUUGUUAGGGCACAGAAGUUAGAGUUCCAAUUGCCACAUUAAUCAAAGAAUUGAGACUACGAAAUCCAUUUCAUUUAAUCUCAUUAUUGAAUAAACAGCUCUGUAGUGAUGCCUAUUUGUACUUGUUUCUCUAAUAAAAAUGCAACUGUAGCUCUCAACACAAAUUAGUUUUAAUUAUUUAAAUGAUAUGAAUUUCUCAGACAUAAAUAAUCUAACACCUGUUUUGCCUUUUCAUUUUAUGAAAAAAUGUGUUUCAUGAAAACUAAUAGAGGAUGAUAGUGGGGAAUAACAAAGGUAGGUCUGUGUAUUUAUUACAAUUCUAUAAAUUUUUAAAAAAUGCAAAUGUGAGUUAAUUACCGUCUAGAAGGAUGAAAAAGUAGUCUGUUUCAUUCCUAUGCAAGGACACAACAGAAUACAGGAAAGCAGAAGGAUGUCUCACAUACACUGGUUAAAUGCAACUCACUUGUCCUAUACUCAUCUCUGAGAAUGCCACAUUCGUGGCAAUGAUUUAAAAUUUAGCAAUUCAUAUUCUGAAUACAAGAAUAACAUUACAAAGAAAUAAGUGAUGUAGGUUUUAAGAUGCUUAAUCAAGGUGCAAAAAGCUGCCAUGAUAGUCACCAAUAUAUGUGAAACAAACCUUCUCGGGCAAAGAAAAAGGCCGAGUUCCAUUGUUUUGUCUUUCUUUUUGUAAUUUAAUUUCAGGACAUCUGCCUGAUCACACAAGAAGAGUACCCUAAGUGUCGGAAGGGUAUAAUGUCAUAUAAAAGCCAGUUGGUAGCUAACUCUGAAAAUGGAGAUCCAUUUUUUUCCUCCACAGAAUGGUAUAAUUAUGUUUGCUGUUUCUGUUUCAUGCUGCAUUUUGUUUUAAAAUAUUUGCUAUUUAAAAUUCUGGAUAUCCUAACACACUGCUCUGAAUUAAUUUAUCAUUUGGUUGAGGAAACAUAUAAUCCAUUUCUGGUUGUUGGUGGUGGCCUCGUAUGGCACGUCAAGCAGUGAUAAUUUGUAUGACUUUCUGUAUAUUAAACCAUUCUUUAAUAUUGAUUCUGUUUGUGGUGUAUUAACUGUUAUCCUUUCUUGGUAAAGGAAACGUGCUAAGCGGAUAGUUAUUAUCCUAAAUCAGCGAGGCAGUUUUAGAGUCACAUGAAGCUGUUGAAGCCUACCACUCAGUAGUUUGUCUGCCAGAUUAAUCAUCUUUAUUGUCCCUUCUGGAGGUGUCUCUCUUCCUUCGUGCAAAAUAUUUCCAACCAGCAGGCUUAUCAUGAGGACUUAUGACACUCCAAGGGUAUGAUUAUGUGACCAUCACAGUUAAUAUUGUGCCCUGCAUAUCAAUAACAUGGUCCAGGGUUUCAGAGGAUUUUAUAUUUCAGAGUGAAUUUUCUCACAAAAUGUUCCUAUGAUUAUUUUGUAUUAGCUGUAUUCCCUUCUCAGUCCUGUUAAUUUGAAAUCCUUAUACUCAAUUUUUGUAUAUCAGCUUCUUUUUUUAGACCCUUUGCAGCAUUUAGUUAUUGUUACAUAAUCAGUAAAAAUACUACAGAAAAGGUACUGUUGAACUACUGAAUUGGUUUUGAUGUCAUUGGUAUUCAACUAAAAGUCAGUAAUUAGAAUAAAAUCAAAAACUACAGUAUGCAACUACUCAAAAAGACAGUGAAUUUUAUUUAGUUCUUGUUAUUUUAAUAAUAAUGUUAUAAAUUUAUAACUUGAAAAUGUAUAAACUAUAAAAAAUAUGCAAAAAAGUAGGAUGUUUUCAAAGCUCUCACUAUAUUUCAGAGGAUGCUAGCUUGUAAUCUAGAUACACAAAUUAAUAUAAGUAAAAUGACAGUAUUGUCUUUGUUGAUGUUGCAUUCAAUGCUGCAAUGUAUCCAAGAAGUCUUCAUGUUACUAAAGAUAUUAUGAUGACAGAGAUAUACUUAAGCAAGUAUAUCAAGAUAAUCGGGUUUCUUAUUAGUAUCUUUGAAGCAAUAUCAAAUUUAUCUCAUUUUCUCAAUAAAUUUCCCUAAUUAUUUAUAUGAUUUUUCACUAUUUUUUACUAAUAUAAAUUGUUAAUAAAGUGGGGUGAAAUUAAGACUAAUAUUUUUAAUAUAAUGUAUUGUUACAAAAUAAACAUCACUUUAAAAUGUUGUUUUCUGAAAGCUCACUUGGCAAUGUGUCACAUUCCAGGCUUUUUGAAGUCCAGUGAAAUUUUGUAAUAGCCUUACCUGGCAGCAGCUAUUCUUGGCACAAUAUAUUAUUCCUCUUUCAGCACCUAGAGGACGUAACAUACAUCAUUGAAACAUUUCAAUUUCUACUGUGCUUGCUAAUUUUAAAGUCAGAUUGGAACUUUGAGUAUUUUUGAGCUCGUCAACGUAAAAUGUAAGCAGGAAAAGGCCAUAUUUGAGAGCCUCUUUUUACAUGACAGUUGAUGGAAAUAUCAACAAUAUUGUCUGCUAGCCUUCGUGCCUAUUUGUGGGAACUAUUUAAUUGUACACAUAUCUAUAAGCCAGUAUAGCUAGAAGUACUAAAUAAUUUGCAUCCAAUUUAUAUAAAUUGAUCUAAUUUGCAUUUUGCCUUCGUUUGAGCUAAAAUAUUCGGUGUCCUGGUAUAUUGUUUUCAAACUUAAUAUUACCACACACUCACAUAUAAACAUGAGCAUUUGCAGACUGUGAGAUGUAGAGGAAAAAGCAGUAAUGGUGUGAUUUUAUAGAAGCUACAGGACUGUAAAAGUACGUCAUAGAGAUAGGUUUACAAAAAGAAGAAACUAUUUUACUUUUUAUUAUAAUGCUUCAAAGAAAAGUGUAUUUUCAUGGAAUUCUUAUUUAUAACCUGUCAGUAAGUUCAAACCUCACAGAAAUUGAUUCUGGUAAAAAAAGUGUUUUCAGAUGUCUUGCUAUAAUCAAUUUCCCCUCUGAAAUUCAGUUCAUUUUUUUCUGCCCAAUCAAUUGACAUCGCUUGCUGUACAAUGAAAAGAAGGGAGAAUUUUUAAAUGAGGGCCAUUCCUAAUCAGACUGCAGGACUUACUAGGAGCCAAUUUGAUUGCAUGUGACUAAUGCAUUAAUUUUAUCAUUACUGAAGAUCAUCAAGACAAGUAAUGGAGUGUCAUCACUGAGUAUAAUUUUAAGUUAGAAAUUGGAUUAUUUUUUGCUCUCAGCAUAGUAGGGUUCACGACAUCCAUGGGUUUUGACAUCUGCCCUUUUGCUGUGAGCAUUUGACUACAUUAUGUUCAAGCAGAACUCCUGAUGGAAAACAUUUAAUUCUAAUUUUAACGAAACAUAUUUCUAUAUACAAAUAUUCAUGUGUUUAAACAAGCUCAAGUGGUUAUAAAUGUGGACCCAACAGUGAAUCAGCAGUCCAAAUUUGCCUAUAUAUAGGCAAGUAUAUCACUUCUAUCUGCAGAUUUUCGUGUCAGUCAAUAAUAUUAUUGAAAGGCUAACCAAAAGCUUGUUGGGGUUUGGUGGAGAAUUUCAGUUUUGAAGGCACUAAACUACUCUGUAGUGAUGACCAAAAUGAAUGUAGAAACCACCAACAAUUGAAGCUACUGAUUCCAGCCUAAGUGAACAACUCUAUAAAUAUAAUAGCUAGAAGAAAUAUUUAUGGUGUUCUUAUUUUCCCAGACUGAAGACAUUUUUUUUGAGGAGAAAAAGGUUUUACAGAAAAAUUAUCAAAGGGUGCUAAGAGUUUUUAAAUUUCCCAGCUUUGGCUUUAUUUGACCUCCGAUGAAAUCAGUGGAGAAUUUUGUUCAAGUGAAAGCACUGGCAAGAAAACUAUGACUUCUAGCAACAGUGAGGUUUUGUUUUGUUAAAUUGAACCAAUAUUGUUGAAGUUCAGUCUACUUUCAUCAAUACCUAAAGUGGGAAUUACUAAUUUGGAAUUAUUCACUGAUUGGAAUUAUUCCUGUUCAAAGUUCAAUGUUAAUAGAUGGACAUUCUUCACUAGGUUAAAUCUUAGAUAGAGAUACCAAGGAUAAGACUUUAAAAUGGUUUACUUUAUUUAUAUAGGAGAGUAUGUUCCAGAAAAGAAACAUUUUCCAGAAUAAAAAAUACUGUAAUAAAUUAACAAUAUGAUUACUAGGGGUUUUGUUAAAAACAUUUGAGAAAGGGUUGCUAUUUCAGUUUAGACAUGUUUAUCCUAAAUACCGUGCAUGUAAAAUUCACUGAGCAAUACCAAUUGUUUUUUCUUCUAUAAAACUUCACUUCUAUCUCUUCCAAAGAUAGUUAUUCAGCUAUCAACAGCAAUAAAAGACAUUUGCAGUCAUGUUCUUUAUAAGUAUUCUCCUAAUGUGGAUUUUUCCAAUACUGCAUUUCAUAUUUUAUUCCUUCAAAAUAAAGAAAAAUUAAUAUGGGUGUGUCCUAAAAAUGUUCCUAUAAUAUUGUUAAAGCAUUGAAUGCAUAUGGCAUAUGUAGUCCUAAUUGUUCUGGAAUGAUAUCAUUGCCAAUUCUUUUGCCUUUAACAUGAGGUAAACUGAUUGGUCUAAUUUGUGUUUUCCAUUUUCAAUAUCAGAAAGAAAAAGAAGUUAUUUAAUAUGAAGAAGGUGAGUUUGCAAGGUUGCAUCAUUUAUAAAAAUGUUUUGUGAGAAAUGCAAUUACCUGGUUGGCUAAUACUUACCUUUUUAUUUGAAGAAAUACAAUUAUGGGUGUCUUCAAACUACCUAUCCAUUUCUGCCUGUUCUCAAAACACAUUUGCUUAAUAUCAAAGUGGAUAUAAAGGGAUACAGAAAAUAAACAAAAAAUCAAAUAUGUCCUGUGUUACUAAAUUUUUAUAGACAGGUUUAUGUAUCUUGUCUGAUAGACAGAGCAAGCACACUUAGCCCAGUAAAAUACCACACAGGUUUGUGAGCUGUACAGUAGGCAAAAAACAAGUAGCAUUUUUUUUCCUGUGUGUGUGUUUAUAUGAAUAUAUAUGUUUAUGUUUUUUGCGGAGGACACGUUCCUUAACUGCAUGUAAUUAUAUCAAAGCCAAAAUGUCAUGUCCCUGCCCACCCCCAGCCCACCUCCCACCCAGAAAUAUUUCAAACUUAAUGAAUUGUAAUUUUGACACACUUCUGUUUCAUCAGAAUUUUUCGGUCCAGCUCACUUGAAAUAAUUAUGCACUUUCUACAGAAGUACUCAGAAAAUUGACACUGUCUUAAGAGGGUAAGUUAACAUCUCCCAUAUUCUCCCUCAAAGCAGCAGAGAGAUCAUUUUGGCUACACAGAAUAUGGUCUUUGUUUAGAAGAUAUUAUAAGACCAACUGUAAAUAAUUGUAAUUUCAGUGUUUCUGAAAAUAAUUGAAUAAUAUUUCAAUUGAAAGUUGCAUUAUCACUCGAGAAGUUUUUUAAAAAGUUGCAACAUAUUGUAACGACUGAUUUUUCCAAAUGAUCCUGACUCCUGAACCACUUGGUGCAGUGUAUUGCAGUGUCAUAGCUGUUGCUAUUUGAGAUAGGGACAGGCAAAGUCAAGCAAGUCAGCCUAAACCCGUUGUGUCAGAGGAUUCAUUCUGUCUUCAAGAAAACAAAACAAAAACAAAAAGUUCAUGUCACUGGCACUUAUUUCAAUGGAACUAGAAAUUAACAUCUAGGAGACAAGUCCAGCAAUUUAUUUGUCCUUGGAAUCUUCCUCAUUUGUCAGUUUUUUGCACACAGAUACCGUAGCAGACAAGUUUCAUCAGCACUAAGCCCAAGCAUGAGGCUACAGCUACAGACCAUAGUGCAUAUGUGUUUUGAAAGUUUAUUUUACAAUACUUGAAACUAAUGCCCACUUUGUCAUAUGUGUCCCAGCAAGCUAGCAUAUACCUCACAAAACCACAGUGCUAGUAUACUGUCAGCUUCAGUUUUACAGUUGUUUUCUCUAGACCUGCUGCUAAGGAGACAAUAUGCAUGAAAAGCUUUCUCCUACAUUACCAGGGAUUAGUCUGAGCUCUGGCAUUCAUUGUGGCAAAACUUGAACUGUUUAGGAUAUAGUGUUUAGUAUAUCACAGCCUAUUAAUAAUAUAAAAUAUUAGGCAUGAAAUUGAAGUAGUUCUUGAAAGGUUAAGAAAAGUGAGGAAACUUGAAAGUACGAGUGCUGUAUAAAAGGAGGUGUAAGUCAAUGAUUGUAACUUCUAAUAAGCUGUUAGGGAACAGCAUCAUAGUUACAUAGCAGCUCAUCAUUAUAACGGAGUGUUUGCAGCAAUGAAGCAAUCGGUAACCACCCUCUUUGUAAAUGGUGUGGCUUAGGAGGAAACAAAACUUCUGAAGAAAAUGAAAUAUCUCCAUGUAUAAAGUCCCUUCUUGGAGUAUAUGAAGCUAUUCUCACUGUUCGAGCCAAACUUUUUUUCCAUGUAAUUUUAUUAUUACACAGACUUUAAUGAAAUGAUUAUUAAUGGAUUGAAAUACUUACCUUGACAAGUUAUUAAGUGUAAAAAAAAAAAAUCUAUUUUUUGGUUACACCAGUAUUGUAAGUCUCAAAAAACACUGUUCUCCAUACGUACAUCAGUUCUACUGAGGUUAAAAAGGCCUCUGUGUAAGAAUCAGUAUAAGUUGGUCCUACAUAAAGAAGACAUAAAAUUGGAAGUAUCAGUAUGAUUAUUGGUUUUGCAGUAGUUUCCACAUUGUGUAAUGUGCUCUGCCCACAGAUAAGGCAUUGUAGUCUGAUACCUGUCUCAAUGAGGUAAGUGGAGUUCACCAUUCAGUGAGACUCUUUGGAGGUCAAAGCAAUGGACAAAGGCAUGUGUAAAGAGACAUAUGAAAGAAAAUGUCACUUGAGUACCAUAUUAUUCCUUCUAGGCCCUAUUCCAUAAUCAAUUUGAAUAAGUUAAUUGAUGUAGAUACAAUUCAGCCUGACAGAGAUGACAAUCUUAAUUAGGAAAAAUGGUCACACUGCAGGGAAAUAGACUGCAGCUGGAAGUGCACUUGGAAUAAAGAUCUGAUGUUAUCAGUUGUGGAAAUUGUUUCUAGCUCCUGUAUAUAAGGCUUAUUUUUCAAACCCCCAAAUAUUCUGACAUUUCAUAUCAUUACAAGUAGCCCUUAUAAAGGCAAUACUCUGAUGCCUUUUACAGGAAAUACUAUUAUUCCUUCCUGUAUGCUUUUCCAUAUAGAAGACAAAUCUAGAACCCAACCCUCAUACCUGCCCCCAGGCUUCAGUGUGUGUAAAAUGUCUAUAUCAAAUUUAACUAACUUAAAAUGAGAUGUAUCCCUUAUAUUUAGGCACCAUCAGAUAGUUUUAUGUGAGAUCCUAUCACUCUUGUUUGAAAUUUCUCUCUGAGAAUCAUUAGUACUAAAGAUACUUUUUCAUUUUCACUACGUAACAGUGGAAAUAAUUCUUUGAUAACAUAGUUUUCACCUUUGUCAUCAGGACACUUCCUUCCUAUAUUCAUCAUAUUUUUACGAUAGAUCUAUGCAACCAAACUAUUACAAAGUUUCAAUGAUCAUAUGCUCAAAAAAUUCUCAAUAAAUGUCACUGGUGUGAUAUAACACCAGUUAUAAAAUUUAAAAAGAGCCCACAAGUUUGAGCACCACCAAUAAAGCUACCGACUGGAAAUUACAUUAUUUGGCAUUUAUGUAAUUCUGUGUUCUACUUUAGAGGUUUACACAUAUCACCACUACCUCCGUGGUGGUGAAGUAUGAGCACUUCACCAAUUUGGAAGGAUUCAUGGUCAUGUUGCUAAAAUUCUGCUCCAUUCCACUAAAUGAAAAAAAAGAAAUUACUCAUGAGGUGUUCCUAUCUAGAAUUGCUAGAGAGGUAGUUGGAACAUUUCCACCAGACAGUCAUCAUACCAGAUGCAGAGAAAUCAAGGAGCAAGUACAAAAGCAGAGUGAAAAACCUUAUGAUUUGCUAUACUCCUAGCAGUAAGCUCUGAGAGGGUGUUAAUACACAUAAUAACAUUGAUGAAGCCAAAGUAUUGGGAAAAUCCAGCUGUUUGUAGUUCUAGCAGAAUUCUAUCAAA